ACUGCUACGGGACAUACGCAUGUACUUUUGAACGCCGUGGUCGUCGCGAUAGUCGUCAUCGUCGACGUCGGCCGAUCUGAAUUGUAGGUAGACGAGAGCAAACUGAUUCGCGCCGACAGAGCCAAGCCGUACAUAACAUAAAAAAGAAACGGGAGAAAGUAAAGAAUAAAAAAUCUCCUCGUAGUCGAACCUUGUCUCUCAGCGGGCGACACAGCUUCGCAAUAUACUGACAUCGUUAUUCUUUAUUCUGGUAUUUAUAGACCGAGAGCCGAUGCACCCGAUACAGUGAUAUCUCGAUGGUGAAGGAGAGAAACAGGUCUUGGGGGACGAAAAAGAAGCAUUUCUUCGUUGUACGCGCGGGCUUUUUUUCCGGGUACGGAUUUAGUGAUUUACGCGUGUGAGUGCGCCAUAGUUACACGAGCGUGAGACGGAAAGAGAGAGACGUAUAGAGAAUCGGGCACGAACAAGAGCGAUAUAGGAGUGCUUGAGACGAAACGAGAGAGCCCCGAUAGUGAAACGAAGUGAGAACGAGCGCGUUAAAGCAGUGGUCGUGAGGAGAAGGAAGGGAUCUCCGUCAAAAUGUCGUUGAAAACACCAACGCGGAUACAGUGAUUGCUUUUCGUCGUUUAACACAGGGGAUUUUGGUAGAGUUGAUCAUCUAAAAGUAAUAAAAUUAUGGUGUCAACUCGUCAAUCAAGUAGUAUGGGUGGAAGUAAUGGAGGUGGGCCUGCUGCUGAAAUUACAGAUGUGAAUUCAUCAAGAAGGUCUGUAGCAAUGGCCAGCUCAUGCAGCGGUACAUCUGUUUCUGAGCCACCUCCUGACAGCAAUUUGAACCUUCUUGAUUUACCAGUGGAAAUUCUUGAAAAGAUUUUCAGCUAUUUGGAUUAUAAUACAGUGGCUCACUUACGUCCAAUUUGUCAUCAGAUGGAUCGUGUUUGUGGAUCAAUUUUGAAUUCUACAUUUCAAAAGCUUCAAGCACAAAUGUUGAGCCGUUUCCAGGCAAUUAAAGCACAGAUGCCAAGGCGUGAAUCCGCACGUCGUAAUCAUCCAUUAGCUUGUGAAUCAGACAUCAUUGAAACCCUUCAUAUGCGUCUUACCUUGCUCCAAAUGAGUUUUGGCAAACACAUUGAGCGUAAACAUUGUUGUUUUUUCCCUGGAGAGAUUUUAGAUGAAGUUUAUCGUAUUUUGCAUUAUAUAAAAGUUACUCCAAAAUUAGCCAGACCAUACAAAGUUACAGAUGAAUUAUUUGAUUUAAGUACUAUGGCUAUGGAAUACUUUAAAGAACAUAUUGAACCAACAUUACCAGAAAUUCCUUAUUUUGGAGCUGAUUUCCUAGAUCUUGCUGGGACAUUUUCCUCUUCUAGUAAUGUGAACAAGCCAUUUAUGUGCCUGGACUCUACACCUUUAACUGUUGGAACUGGUAAAUCAGGAAGCAAUAGCGGAGAAGAAGGGUCCCCUCCACAUUCUUCAGAUGACCCUGGUCUAUUAGAAUCCAAUGUAUCACCUCCACAGUCGAAUAUGGUGUUACGGAAAAGGAUUCGUAAAAUUAAACAAGGCAUGAAGCGAUAUAAUAGCCAGUUAACAUUAAUGCGUAGAGAUUUGAGGAGCUGCAAAGCAAAAAUAGCGGAACAACAAAAACAGAUCGUUGAAUAUGCUACGCGUCUUGAUGAAAACGAUAAGAAGAACGAAGAGACUUCUCGUAAAUUCAGCACACUCCUACAGGAAUUGAACAAGUGUAAAACGGAACUUCAGUAUUGGCGAUCAAAAUCUCCGGCGAUACCGGUGUGUGUAGUCUGUGGGCAAUCUGUGUUAGUACCAACGGAAGAUUUACAAGCUUUAACGAAUCAAGGUGUACUACCGGAAACACUUGAUGAAGGAUUAGAUUUCAUUCCCAUAGCAGAUCCGCAGAGUCUUACCGAAGUAGUACCGCAACCAACAGUUACACAACAGCCAUCAUCACCACCGUCACCACAGCUACCACCACCAUCGUCACCACAGCUGCCACCACCACCACCAUCACCAACAGUGGAAAUGGCACCAUUAAAGGCUCCUGUGCCUUCAUUACUUCAAAAACGAAAAUCUACCACGGAGGAAGCACCGAGUGACCCCGCAAAGAAACCUCGUCGUACUGCCAAGUCACGUCAGGUUAAACGCUCGAAGAUAUAAAUUGAUUCUGAUCAUGGUACAAAAAUAUCUGUGUAAACAUCUUUACACAUCUUGGGUUCUUGAAAGAGGUUUUUCUAUAUGAAGUAACAUGUUUCUUUACGCCAGCGAGCGAAUGAUCUUACAAGAAGUCCCGGGGAAUAAUGCUAAUUUUUUGAUAAGUUUUUCCACAAUGAUACAGUUCGAAAUAUUGAAGCUGAUUUUUUGGGACAAAUGAUUAACAUUUCUAGCUCUAUUAUUGUACGAAAGCUCGUCAAAAAGUCAGCGUUACACCUCGCGCCUCCUCUUGUUAGAAAAGUACAAAAUUCUUUCUUGAACGUCCUAUAUUUCGCGCAACGAACCUCGUUUCAAAAAAUUCUAGCCAUGUUGGUUACCGCGCGAAGGGAAUUGACGCGAUUAAUUUUCCUAUUUUAUUAUGGACGGAUUUGUCACACACCGUGACGUCUACAAAUAUUCUAAAUGAUAGUUGAUCAUUCGUAUCGUUCGUAAAGCAACAAACGAGCUACUUUUUUUGAACCCUUUUAAUUAUUAUUAUUAUUUUCGUGAUGGUAUAUACAAGGAGGACGGAAAGGUCGAAUUUUGUAUGAAAUGUUUAUUUUACAUCACCAUCACGCUAAUAGAGCAGAUGACAACAUGUAAUACGACAACAAGUAAGAAUUCACCUUCUGUAUUCCUUGUUCACAAAUGUUGCACUGAUUUUUCAUUUACUCGCUAAUCGUUUCUAAUCUAUUUUUCUUUUUUCUUUUUUUGCCGUAAUAUUUUGCCCUAAACAUUUUAUCAUAAUUUAAUUUAAUACCUACUAGACAAUACACAAGAACAAAUACCGAAGUGAAAAAUUUCAUAGUUGAACGAAGGAAAAAAUAUUCGAGUCACGACAAUUCUUGUUUUAUUUAUAUAAUUUAUUGUU